ACCCAUCAAUUUCUGUAAUUCUGCGAAUAACUUCAAAUAUUGCCCAAUAGAUCAGGUUUAAAUUUCCCGCCACAUGCCACCCAAUGCUCGUCCCCGUCCGUGUCAUCAGCGACAACGACAAUAGAAUUACUGUCUGGUCAUUAGGCAACAAGCAUUUCUCUUUAUUUGUGUUCUAUGGUCAAAACUCAAAAAAACUAAAACUAACCUCACUUUUUCAAUGUUUAGAUGAGAGAUUUUUUUUUGCAAAUGCAGAAAAAAAUUAUUGAAUAGAUUCUCAUAUUACUGUUCUCGUCACGAUGGAAUUCUGGAAAGAUGCUUUAGGUGGUCCACAAAAAAUAGUGGCUCCUAUGGUAGAUGCGAGUGAAUUAGCCUGGCGUAUGUUAAGCAGGAAAUAUGGGGCCCAGCUAUGUUAUACCCCAAUGUUGCAUAGUGCUUUGUUUGCCAAAGAUAUAAAAUAUAGAACUGAUGCACUGGUCAGUUGUGAGGAAGAUAAACCCUUAAUAAUCCAGUUUUGUGGCAAUGACCCCCAGACAAUGUUAGAUGCAGCAACCUUAGCACAAGAUCAUUGCCUUGCUAUUGAUAUUAAUUUGGGUUGUCCACAGGCCAUUGCUAAACGUGGUCAUUAUGGAGCUUUCUUACAAGAUGAGUGGCCUUUAUUAAGAGAAAUGGUGAGUUUACUUAGUACAAACCUAAAGGUUCCAGUAACAUGCAAAAUUCGAAGAUUUGAAACCAAAGACAAAACAAUCCAGUAUGCAAAGAUGCUGGAGUCAGCAGGUUGUAAAAUGUUGACGGUGCAUGGGCGAACCAGGGAGCAAAAAGGCCCUUUGACAGGUCUAGCAGAUUGGAGCUAUGUCAAGGCAGUGAGAGAAGCUGUUAACAUUCCGGUGAUAUCAAAUGGCAACAUCCAAAACAUGCAAGAUUUGGAAAGAUGUUUGAAAGAAACGGGGGCUGUGGGCGUAAUGACUGCAGAGGGAAACCUGUAUAACCCUGCUAUAUUUCUAUAUCAUAACCCACCUUCCUGGGAACCCGCUCUAGAGUAUUUGGAUUUGACCGAAAAGUAUCCUUGUCCUAAUAGCUAUAUCCGAGGACAUCUAUUUAAAUUGUUUCAUCAUAUUUUGUCUCUUUCACAAAACAACCCAUUGAGAAUUGAACUAGGAGCAGCAAACACUUUAGAACAAUUUAAAAAUAUAAGUAAUAAAAUUAAGUCUAUGUAUGAAAAAUUUCAUAAUGGUGAAGAAACUUGGCCAUUUUCUUCAGAAGAAGGAACCUCAAAUUUAGUGUUACCGCCAUGGUUAUGUCAGCCAUAUGUAAGAGACAGUCCUGAAAACCAUGUUAAAAAGGUGGAAGACAAAAAAAAGGAGGCAGAGGAAAGAUUGCUAGAUGGGGCUAAAAGACAAUACGAAGACUCAGAAGGAAAUGUGAUAAGCAGGAAGAAAAUGAAAAAACUAAGAAGGAUAAAUAGACGGCCUGAAAAGCCUGAAAAUUGUUCUGAAAGGCCUAUGGAGAAAUGUUCUAAUUGUGAAAAUCCAUUGGGAUUUAAGUGUGGAUACAAGCUUUGCAAAAAAUGUUGUAAGGAUAAGUGCUUUUUAGAAAAUUUAGAUUGUGAAGGACACAGGAUUUUAGUAAAAACGAGAAGGGAAAUGGCCAAAGCAUUUGCAGACAAGAGAAAAAAUUGUAAGGAUUGUAAAAAAGUUGCUGUUAGUGAUAUGGUAGUAAGCAGUAACAAUAAUGAGACACAAUUUUAAUAAUUAGGACAUAUUUAUACUCAAUGAAUUAAUAUAUUUUUAAAUGGA